CUACAGUGGGACUGAGAUGAACAGCAGAAGAAGAACCUGUAGUUCCGCGGUUGUGACGAUGACUCGUGAUCUAAUGCUUGGAGAGGAAAUGCCCCACUGGGUGGGAGCCAAAGAGUUCCACCAGAAGUAUAAAUCAAAGGAAGUCAUUGGCAGGGGGGUAAGCAGCGUGGUGCGUAGGUGUGUAAACAAGCACACAGGACAAGAAUUUGCUGUUAAGAUUAUUGAGAUUACAGCAGAGAAGAUGACUGCUGAGCAGUUGGAAGAGGUGAAGAGUUCAACACUGAAAGAGAUCCAUGUUCUUAAUGUGCUGAAAGGACACCCAUCCAUCAUUACACUCAUCGAUUCCUAUGAAUCUGCAACCUUUAUCUUUUUGGUUUUUGACCUCAUGAGAAGAGGAGAGCUGUUUGACUACUUAACAGAAAAAGUCACUCUCAGUGAAAAGGAGACCAGAAGUAUGAUGCGUGCUCUCCUGGAAGCAGUCCACUAUCUCCAUUCCCUUAAUAUCAUACACCGAGACCUCAAGCCUGAAAAUAUCCUUUUGGAUGACCAGGGUCAUAUUAAACUAUCUGACUUUGGCUUUUCAGUUCAGCUACAACCUGACCAAAAGCUGAGAGAGCUGUGUGGUACUCCGGGCUAUCUUGCACCAGAGAUUCUGAAAUGCUCAAUGGAUGAAACACAUGAAGGAUAUGGAAAAGAGGUCGACUUGUGGGCCUGUGGUGUGAUUCUGUUCACUCUUCUUGCUGGAUCUCCACCCUUCUGGCACCGUAAACAGAUGCUGAUGCUAAGAAUGAUCAUGGAGGGUCGGUAUCAGUUUAGCUCUCCAGAGUGGGAUGACAGGUCUGAUACUGUCAAGGACUUGAUCUCAAGGCUUUUAGUCCUGGAUCCCACAGUUCGUCUAACAGCUGAACAAGCCUUAACUCAUCCCUUUUUCCUUCAGUACCAAAAGGAGGACGUUCGUCGCUUCAGCCCCAGAAAGACAUUCAGGGUGUUAAUCCUGACCGUCUUGUCCUGUAUCCGUAUGUACUGUCGCUACAACCGGGCCAGACCUCUGACGCGAGAGCUCCUAAUGAGAGACCCUUACUCUUUACGAGCUGUACGCAAACUCAUCGAUGGCUGUGCUUUCCGCAUAUAUGGCCACUGGGUCAAGAAAGGAGAACAACAGAACCGAGCUGCUCUCUUCCAGAACACCACUAAAAUCGUUUUACUUGGUCUGGAGGACUUUGAAAGCUAAACGCCAUUUUUCAUUUUUAUUCUUAAACCAGUUAGCUAAGAUAAUAUUAUUAUUAUUAUUAUUAUUUUCUUACUUUUGUAAUUAAUAGGGUUCAGGGAACACGGAUAUCAAUCCAGUCACACAAACAGGCACUCGAACCACAAUAGAACUAUUUAUUCAUAAAUAACGAGAACUACUUUUCUUUGUUACAUGUGAGUUAUUGAGUUCACUUUUAACUUCUUAGCCUUUUUUUUUAUAUUUAAUCAUAAACCUUACUGUAUUUAACUUUAAAACUUCAAAAGUUUUGUUAUAAAUGUAACCGUCCUGGUGAUUUGUGGACAGUAUACAUUUUAAGAACAUAAACUAAAUGCAUAAAAGCUCUUACAUGUCGUUUAUAGUAACCCAUGUGUGUACGAUGGAUACAUUCCUGUUCACUUAAUUUUUUUAAUGUAUUAAUUUGCUCUCCAUUUGAAAACCAACCCAUUAAUUUGAAAUAUUUAUCAAUGAGUACUGUAUAAAGCUACGAUUGAUUUUAAUCUGCAUGAUCACUGUCAGGAUUUCUUUAUAUAUUAAUGUGUAAUUUAUCUGUUAAUAUUCUGAACUUGAUUCAUUAAAUAAAUCUUUGCAUUUUAUUUGAA